GUGCCUGGUAGUUUUGGAUGUGGUUCAGCAGUCUUGGCUGCAAUAACAAUAUUUGCUCCAUCUUUUGCAGCUUUUAAAGCAAUACUUUUCCCAAUACCUCUUGACGCCCCAGUAAUAAAAAUCGUGCGACCAGCGAGUUUUCUACGUUAAAAAUCCAUAGGUUACGUACCAAUUUUUAUAAACUAUUCUCUAUAAUCUAGUUAACAUUAACAAUUAUUCACUAUCAUCAUAGUAAUUUUCAUAAUAUUGUUUGUAAUCUAUAUUACAUACCCAGUAUUGAUCAUAUUGUAAAUGGUUCGGCAAACCGUCAAAAAUAAUAUCGGCUUAUUGUUAAAUUAAUCUGUGCAGUUCUACUGACGACGUCGAAAUAAAGAAUUAUUUUUAUAAAAUAAAUGACUGAUAAGUGGAGGGUACAAUGUUCAAGUUGGUUCAAGCAUCAACCUUUAAAGAUAUGUUAAAUCAGGUCACUCUGUGAACGGGAAUGAAUUUUCUCUUGUCAUUUUUGUCUAUUCGCUCCCCACCAACCAUUAUCCCCUCAAACUUCGAAGUGGCCGUGUUGAACGUUAAACAAACGAAAAAAGAGGAUCCGUCUAAGAAAGAAUAAACGAAACAGCGACUUGUUUUUCGGUAGCAAAUGUACAAAAAAUGCAAAUAUGCUUUGAAAAAAUGAAUAACCUAAUUUGCAAUAUAAUCAUCUGCAUCAUUACAUUACGGUACAUUUAACUGUAACCAAUGAUUCAAAUAUUGCAAAUAAGUAUAAUGAGCAUUUAUUAUGCACUUUGUUAGAAAAUAAUUGUAUGUUAAGCUGAUAUUUAUACCCGUUAACAAUGUGCGGGAUAUUUUGUCAUAUCUUACAAAACUAUGAAAAUAAAUUACAAGUUUCCAGUGAGUGGAACAGUUGUAGGGAUUUGAUAGUUGCUCGUGGUCCUGACAAUGUCACUGAAAGGAUUGAACAUUUAAACGAAGAUUGGUGUGGACAUUUUGCUGCCUCUGUAUUAUGGAUGCAAGGUUCUAAUAUGAAUGUACAACCUGCUAUAGAUUCUGUUGGUAAUAUUCUUUUAUGGAAUGGAGAUGUAUUUUGUGGAACAUUGGCACAGGAUAAUAUAUGUGACACAAAUGUGAUAUUGAGUUCUCUUCGAUCUUCUUCAAAUGUAAUAUCUGUUUUCAAAGAAAUUCAAGGACCAUAUAGUUUUAUAUACUUUCAAAAAUCUAGUAAUCGUUUAUACUUUGGUAGAGAUAUCAUAGGACGACAUAGCUUACUCAUGAAAUUGAAUACAGAUGAAAAUAGUUUAACUUUAACAUCUGUUGCUACUAAACAGAUUAAAGGAAUUAUAGAAGUUCCUGUAGUUGGUAUUUUUAUGAUGAACUUGUCUGAUUUGAGAGUAAAUCUGGCUUGCUAUCCAUGGAGAAAACCAGACUUAAGAUUCACAAAUGUUAUCAAAGCGUUAGAAAUGCAUUUGAAUGUGGAUAUUGCUAUAAAGAAAACUAUAAUUGCCUCUGAUACAAUAACAAAUAUAUAUCUAAAUCCUAGUAUUAAGGAUUUGGAAUGUUUUGAAAAUAAUUUUUACUGUGAGCAUUCUUAUAACACUUUAGAUUAUUUGUUACAUUAUAAAGAUAUAUAUGAAAGAGUAGAUCAUUUAUCACAACUUCUUCACAAAGCUGUAGAAGUUAGAAUAAGAAAACAACCAAGAUUUUGUAAAAACUGUAUUAAAUUAUCUCUAAAUGGAGAAAAUAUUACAUGUAGCCAUACAAAAAUUGGUGUACUUUUUUCUGGAGGUUUGGAUUCUGCUAUUUUAACAUUAAUUGCUGAUAAGUAUGUCCCAGAAAAUGAGUGUAUAGAUUUGGUUAAUGUUGCAUUCGAAAAACCAGUUAAUGCAUCCAUAAAAUCUAAUAAAAAUUAUGAGAAACAAGUCGAGCAAGACCAAUAUGAUGUUCCUGACAGAAAAACUGGAAGACAGACAUUUUCAGAGCUUUUAAGUAUUUGCCCUAAAAGACAGUGGAAUUUUGUAGAAGUAAAUGUCACACAAGCAGAAUUACAAAAAUAUCGUUCCUUGAGAAUUUGUCAUUUGUUGUAUCCACUGUGCACAAUAUUGGAUGAAAGUUUAGGUUGUGCUGUGUGGUUUGCGAGUCGAGCAGAAGGUACACUUUCUACAAGCAAUCAUUUUUAUGAAUCACCAUGUAGAGUACUUCUGUUAGGCAUGGGUGCGGAUGAAUUGUUUGGUGGAUACAUGAGACAUAGAACAAUAUUAAAACACAAAGGGUGGAAUGCAUUAGCAGAAGAAUUAAAUAUCGAGUUGAGCAGAAUUGCUGAAAGAAACUUGGGUCGUGAUGAUCGUGUUGUAUCUGAUCAUGGAAGACAAUCUAGGUUGCCAUAUUUAGAUGAAAGUAUAGUAGAAUAUGUCCAACAAUUAAAACCCUGGGAAAGAUGCUACCCAACAGAUAAAAUGCCAUCUGGUUUAGGAGACAAAUUAUUAUUACGCUUACUAGCAUAUAAACUUGGUUUCCGAAACACUGCCACUUUUCCUAAGAGAGCUUUUCAAUUUGGUUCUCGAAUUGCAAAUAGCAAAGAAAAUGCUAAAGACAUAUCAAACCGGUUAUGAGAAAAUGGUUUGUAUAAUCAUCUUAAGUUGUUGUAAUGUAUAUUUUAAUUAAUAUUAAAAUUAAAAAUUUUAAACUUGCGAUCAUUUCUGUACUUGCUAUCUUAAUUGCAUUUUGUAAUUAAUAUCUGUAUGUGUCCUUAUAUUGUAAAAAUAUUAUUUUUAACAAAAUAUAGUAAAAAUAUUAAUUUUCAUAUAAUUGUUUAUAAUAUACAUAAAUAAAG